AUGGCCGAACGUCCCUUCAAGCAAGUCCUUAUUGUAGGUGCUGGGCCAGCAGGCCUCUUGUUGGCCCUCCUCCUCUCCAAACACGGGAUACCAGUCACCAUCGUGGAGAUGUCCGAUCAGCUGGACCAGCAGCCACGAGCGGCACACUACGGCCCAGCGGCGACACCUGAUCUCCAGCGAGCAGGCAUCCUAGACGAGCUUCGUGCCAAGGGUCUGAGCCUAAACACCAUGUGCUGGCGCCGCUCUGAGGAUCAUAGCUACAUCUCCGGGUUCGACGCCCAUGUUCUUGCGGAUGUGGACGGCAACGACUGGAGAACCGUGAGCUACCCGCUGCAGGAUCUCAACCAGCUCAUGCUGGAUCGCUUCCUGAAGGAGUACAACGGCAACAUCAAGUGGCAGCAGAAAGUCGUUGAUGUGGGUCAGGAUGUUGACAAGGCUUGGGUUGACCUUGAGACGCCGGACGGCCGGAAACGACUCGAGGCAGAUUAUGUGGUGGGCUGUGACGGUGCAGGCAGCGGCGUUCGAAAGGCCUUAUUUGGCGACGAGUAUCCUGGCUUCACUUGGGAUGCCCAGAUCAUUGCAACAAACACCUAUUACGAUUUCACCAAGUUUGGGUUUCACGAUGCAAACUUCAUCAUACACCCAGAACACUUCUUUAUGGCCGCCAAAUUGACUGCGGACGGCUUGUAUCGCAUUACGUACGGCGAAACACCAGGACUGUCAGUGGAAGAAUACAAGAAGAGACAGCCUUGGAAGUUCGAAACAAUCCUCCCCGGCCAUCCAAAACCACACGAGUACAAGAUGAUCAACUGGGCACCGUACAAGAUGCAUCAGCGCUGUGCGCCCAAGUUCCGAGUGGGCCGGGUUAUGCUUGCCGCUGACGCAGCCCACCUCUGUAACCCCUGGGGAGGUCUAGGCAUCACGGGCGGCUUCGUCGACUGCGGCGGUCUUUAUGACUGUCUUGCAGGCAUCUGGGACGGGAAAGCGGAUGAGUCCAUCCUCGACCUGUACAGCGAGAAACGGAUCGAGAAGUACCAGACCAUCAUCAAUCAGAUCUCCCAGGAGAACUUCCGUCGGGUUUCUGACAAAGAACCGAGCACAAGAUAUGAAAGGGAUGAGUUUAUGCACCUUUUGACCAAGGGGGAGACGGACAAAAUGUUUUUGAAAAAAUUGCUCAUGGAUGGUUUUGACGUGAGAUAUGACUUCACUCAGCACUACAAAGACACAUAG